AUGCUUCCAAUCCUUCGACGAUGGGCUUUUCAUAUCACCCUCAUCACAGUCGCUCUUUUCCUUCUCGUUCAGGCCGUCUCUCUCCUUCACGGCAAUGGCACAGCACGUCAGACACCCAUACAGCGUCUCACUCACCCUGGGCUUUUUGGCAAGAAGUUUAGAUGGCGGGACUUACCCCAAAGACACCCAGUCGACAACUUCACCGCACCGCCAUCAGGACCGCUUGAGCACAUCCCGAAGAUACAGCACGACUUUGCGGAAGAGACGCCUACCCAGCGGGCUGAGAGGCAAUCUCGCUUGGCCGCUGUGAAGGAAGCUUUCGUUCACAGUUGGGAGGGCUACAAAAAGAAUGCAUGGCUGCAGGAUGAGGUCGCUCCAAUAUCUGGCAAGUCUCACAAUGGGUUUGGAGGAUGGGGUGCUACACUGGUAGACUCGCUGGAUACGCUAUGGAUCAUGGGUUUGCAGAAGGACUUUGCUGUCGCCGUUGCCGAGCUAAGGAAGAUUGACUUCACCACCUGUUCAUUAAACGAGGUCAACGUGUUUGAGACGACGAUACGAUACCUCGGUGGUCUGCUCAGUGCAUACGAUGUCAGCGGCCAUAAGUACGAUAUCCUGCUAGACAAGGCUGUUGAGCUUGGUGACAUGCUAUACGGAGCAUUCGAUACUCCUAACCGCAUGCCUGUUACACGAUGGGACUGGAAGAACAGCGCCCUGGGUGGCUUGCAAGAAGCAGCUAGAUUCUCCUUACUUGCUGAAGUCGGCUCUUUGACGCUGGAAUUCACACGAUUGUCUCAGCUUACUGGCAAUCACAAGUGGUACGAUGCCAUUGCUCGCAUCACAGACUUGUUCGAGGACCAGCAGAAUCGUACGAAAGUGCCUGGGCUGUUCGCCACUCAGAUCGAUACGAAGAAUGCAGACUUCACGCGGGACGUUACAUUCUCUUUUGGCGGCAUGGCAGACUCGCUGUACGAGUACUUCCCGAAACAACAUCUCAUGCUUGGCGGCCGAAGUGAGCAGUAUCGUACACUAUACAAUACAGCUCUUGCGUCGGCCAAAGAGCACAUGUUCUUCAGACCACUAAAUCCAGACAACCAAGAACUGUUGGUGAUAGGCUCAGUCAAGCGAAAAUCUGCUGCCCACCUGAUUUUCACACCGGAAGGUGAGCACCUCACAUGCUUUGCUGGAGGUAUGGUGGCACUGGCCGCAAAGAUCUUCCGACAGACGCACGAUGUGGAGACUGCCCGUCAACUCGUGGAUGGCUGUCUCUGGGCCUAUGAUAGUAUGCCUAGCGGUAUCAUGCCAGAGAUAUACCGUGCCGCGCCGUGUACGGUGACAGCUACUGACGACUGCGCAUGGUCCAACAAACGGUGGUACGAUGCCAUCACGCACGAUGGAGCAGAAGAGGCGCAAGCCAUCAUCUCCUCCAACAAACUUCCACCAGGAUUCGUAAGCAUCGAGGACUCGAGGUAUCAGCUUCGACCUGAGGCCAUCGAGAGUCUGUUCGUGCUGUACCGCGUCACGGGAGACACUACUUUGCCAGACAAGGCGUGGACUAUGUUCCAGUCGAUUAGUAACCUGACCAAGACCAAGAUCGCUUAUGCCGGUCUUGAGGAUGUCACGCAACGACACCCGAAGCUGAUUGAUAGCAUGGAGAGCUUCUGGACGGCAGAAACCCUGAAGUAUUUCUUCUUGAUAUUCAGCGAGCCCGAUGUGAUCAGUCUGGAUGAAUAUGUGUUGUAA